AGUACAAAAGAUAUCGUAAUAGCAGUAAAAAUGAUUGUACUAAUUGCGCUCUGCUUGGUCUCCGGUGCGUUCGGUUCACUGUUAUGCCCGAUCAAAUUUGAUCCCGAUCAGACGGUGCACUUGGCUCAUCCUACCGACUGCGGUAAGUUUCUAACCUGCGUUGGAUCCAAUCCCGUCGAGCAGUUUUGCCCACUAGGCCUGCACUGGAAUGAAGAAACGAACUUUUGCGAUUAUCCGCGUGCUACUAAUUGCUCUCGUGGGGAUGCUGUGGAACAGGCCUGGUUCAAUGUGAGCGCUAUUUCAACCAGUCAGCAUUGUUUACCUCAGUCGGAGAAGUGUCCACUGAUUUCCAAACCUCAGGAAGAAGUUGUCUUUCUGAAACAUCGAAAUUGUCGCAAGUUCUACGCUUGUGUGGCCGCUCAACCUAUUGAACUAAGCUGCCCUCACAAGUUGUAUUGGAAUUCAAAGAGCUGCAUCUGUGAUUAUGAUUCCGAUAAUGAGUGUGAUGAUCAUGGGGAUAGGAUUAACGACAGCGAUGACCAGAAGCACUCUGAAGAGGAAGAAGGCGAUCAGGAGGCGGAACAAGAAGUUGAACAACCUUCAGAUGGUGACGAUGAGGAUAAGCAGCCAGAAGAAGUUGAACAACCUUCAGAAGGUCUCGAUGAGGAUAAAGAACCAGAAGCUGAACAGGGUGAAUCAGAAGCAAGUGUCGUUGAAUCAGCAGUGAGAGUUCGUCGAGCGGCGGAUAGUUCUGGUAGCUCAAGCUCAGGUUCCGGUUCUAAUUCCGGCUCUGGUUCCAGCUCUGGCUCAGGCUCCGGUUCCAAUUCUGGCACAGGAUCUGGCUCCAGUUCCGGCUCAGGAUCAGAGCCUGUUCAAUCGGGUGCAGAUGCUCAGACUAUUUCUUCGAUUGCUGUACUUUUGGUCACCGCCAUACUGAGUGUAUCGUAAGGUGCAAUUUUAAGAAUGAAGAUAUGGAAAAUAUAAAUAAACUGGUUUUGGGUUUAAAAUAAUAUACGGGAGAAUAAAAUAUAAAAAGUAAGUAGAACUUUAAAUAAAGUGCAAUCAACCUAUCAUUCAAUACUGGAAAGGAUAUGAAUCUAUUUGUUUCUGAAGGUCGCACAUGUAAACAACUCGCUAGCAAAGCAAUAAAAAGUCGGACCAGCGACUAUCGUUUGUCUGUGCCGUGUUUGUGGUUGUUGGAUAUAGUUCAUGGCUCAACAUCUAGUAUAAGUAUAUUUUAUACAAAUCUAUGAUUAUUCAACAUACCACCGACGCUAUGAAUAAUAAAAA